AUGUUUUUAUUUUUUUCCAGUUCUACGGUUAAUGUUCCCUUGGAUUCUUCACGUACGGAUAUUAAACCCUUUCUAGGUCUAGCUUUCAAAUUAGAGGCAAGCAAAUUUGGUCAGCUCACCUACAUGCGAGUUUAUCAAGGCUGUCUAAAUCGCGGAGACACAAUAUGGAAUAUGCGGUCUAACAAAAAGUUUCGCAUCUCUCGCCUCGGCCGUGUAAAUGUGCAGAAUUUUGAAGAUCUCGAAAAAAUUAAUUCUGGUGAUAUUGCAGCCCUGUUCGGUAUUGAAUGCUAUUCGGGCGAUACCCUCGUAGAUCAAGUAUUAAAGAAGGACAACUUGCAUAUGGUAUGCUUCUUUAAAUAA